AUGAUACGCCUCUCUCUACCACUCCCCACCGCUUCUCCUUCCAUCAAACCCGACCCUAACUCCCGCCGCAAAAAUCUCUCCGCUUGGUCCCACAAUCCCGGCGUCGCCGGAUUCGAGUCUCUCAGGAGCCGGACGAUCCGCCAUGCCGACGCAGGCCGCCUCGGCCAAGCCCUCUCCACCCUCGACCUCAUGUCCAUCGCCGGCCCCGGCCCCGGCCCCGGCCCCGGCCCGGACCUCACCGGUUACUACGACCUCCUCCGAUCCUGCAUCCACACCCGAAACCUGGAAAUGGGCCGGGCCAUCCACUCGAAGCUUACCGAAUCGGGUCUCGAGCUCGACGCGGCCGUCCUCAACUCGCUCAUCAGCCUCUACUCCAAAUGCGGCGACCUGAGGAAAGCGGAGGAGAUAUUCUCCUCCAUGGGCGGAUUAUGGGACUCGGCCUCGUGGAGCGCCAUGAUUUCGUGCUAUGAGAAAGGCAACCGAAAUUCGCAGGCGAUUGCGGUGUUCCUCAAGAUGUUGGAGCUCGGGGAGCGGUCGGAUGAGGUUUGCUUCUCGGCCGCGAUUCGGGCGUGUUCUAAUCGGAAAUUCGCCGCCGUCGGGCUCGUGAUUUUUGGGCUUGUGAUGAAGACGGGGCAUUUUGGAGCCGAUGUGCGCAUGGGGAGCGCAUUGAUUGAUUUGUUCGCAAAGGGUUUUGGUGAUUUAGAUUCUGCACGGAAGGUGUUUGAUAAAAUGCCGGAGAGAAAUCCCAUUUCUUGGACUCUGAUGAUCACGAGGUUUAAGCAGAUGGGUUUUCCUAGAGACUCGAUCCUCUUGUUUCUUGAUAUGAUUUAUGCGGGUUUCUUGCCCGACCGUUUCACUUUGAGCAGUUGCUUAUCGGCUUGUUCGGAGCUAGGGCUGGUAGCCGUUGGGCGUCAGCUGCACACUUGGGUCAUCAAGAACGGUUUUUUAUGGGAUGCCUGUUUGGGCCGUGGUUUAGUGGAAAUGUACUCCAAAUGUGCCAUAAAUGGGUCUAUGGACGAGUCAAGGGAAACUUUCGACCGAAUGCAGGACCACAGCCUCAUGUCGUGGAAUGUAAUCAUCACGGGUUAUGUUCAGAGUGGAGGCCAUGACUAUGAAGCUCUUGAGCUGUACUGUAGGAUGAUAACCGAUGGUGAAGUCAAGCCGGAUCAUUAUACUUUCAGUAGCCUGUUGAAAGCGUGCAGGAAUCUUUCUAAUCUGAAACUCGGUGAACAAAUUUACGGCCAUGCAGUGAAAUUGGGUCUUUCUCCCGUAAAUUCUGUUGUUAACUCUCUUAUCAGCAUGUACACUAAAUGCGAUAGAAUGGAAGACGCGCGAAGAGCAUUUGAAUUAUUGUUCGAGAAGGAUUUGGUCUCAUAUAACACAAUGAUCUGUGGUUAUGCUAGAAAUUUGGAUUUUGGUAAGGCUUUUGAACUUUUUAAUCAAUUCGAGAGUAAUUCUGAUGUCGGGGCUGAUGCUUUCACGUUUACGAGCCUCCUGAGUGGGGUCGCGAGUAUCGGGGCCAUCGGUAAAGGCGAGCAAAUACACGCCCGUUUGAUAAAAUCGGGCAUGGACUCCGAUAUAUGCAUUUCCAAUGCCUUGGUCUCUAUGUACACUAGGUGCGGCAACGUCAAGGCUGGAUAUCAAAUUUUCAAGGAGAUGGGGAGUCAAGACGUAAUUUCUUGGACGUCGAUCAUCUCAGGUUUUGCCAAUCACGGUUUUGCGGGAAAAGCCUCGGAACUAUACAAACAGAUGCUCGAUUGUGGCGUUACACCCGAUGAGGUAAUUUUAAAUGAGUGCCAAUCGCUGGAAAAUGCUCUCGACAAGAAACUAAUAGUUCUAGCAAAGCCUGCCUUAGAGAAGAGUAUUCCAGUGUACAUCGAGUCCCCAAUCUGCAACGAUAAUCGGGCAGUCGGGACAAUGCUGACCCACGAGUUGACCAAAAGGUACAUUCUUCACGGGCUGCCCGAUAAUACGAUCUACAGCCGGCUGAUCCACCAUGCCGACGCCGGCAGCCUCGGCGAAGCCCUCUCCACCCUCGACCUCAUGUCCAGCGCCGGCGCCUCUCCAGAUCUCACCUCCUACUCCGCCCUCCUCCAAUACUGCAUCCGCACCCGAAACCUGGAAACGGGCCGGGCCGUCCACUCUAAGCUCAUCGAAUCGGGUCUCGAGCUGGACGCGGUCGUCCUCAACUCGCUCAUCAGCCUCUACUCCAAAUGCGGCGACCGGACGAAAGCGGAGGAGAUAUUCUCCUCCAUGGGCGGGUUAAGGAACUUGGUCUCGUGGAGAUCCAUGAUUUUGUGCUAUGAGCACGGUAACCUAAAUUCGCAGGCAAUUUCGAUGUUUCUGCAGAUGGUGGAGCUUGGGGAGCGGCCAGAUGAGUUAUGCUUCUCGGCCGCGAUUCGGGCGUGUUCAAAUCAGGAAUUCGCCGCAGUCGGGCUCGUGAUGUUUGGGCUUGUGAUGAAGACGGCGCAUUUUGGAGCCGAUGCGCGGUUGGGGUGCGCACUGAUUGAUUUGUUCACAAAGGGUUUUGGUGAUUUAGAUUCCGCACGGAAGGUGUUUGAUAAAAUGCCUGUGAGAGAUCUCAUCACUUGGACUCUGAUGAUCACUAGGUUUAAGCAGAUGGGUUCUCCUAGAGACUCGAUCCUCUUGUUUCUCGAUAUGAUUUAUGCAGGUUUUGUGCCCGACUGGUUCACUUUGAGCUGUUGCUUAUCGGCUUGUUCGGAGCUGGGGCUGUUAGCCGUCGGGCGUCAGCUGCACACUUGGGCCAUCAAGAACGGUCUUUUAUGUAAUAUCUAUGUGGGCUGUGGUUUAGUGGACAUGUACUCCAAAUGUGCUGUAAAUGGGUCUAUGGACGAGUCAAGGAAAAUCUUCGACCGAAUGCAGGACCAUGAUGUUAUGUCGUGGACUGCAAUCAUCACGGGUUAUGUUCAGAGUGGAGGCCAUGACUAUGAAGCUUUUGAGCUGUACUGUAGAAUGAUAACCGAGGGUGAAGUCAAGCCGGAUCAUUUUACGUUCAGUAGCCUGUUGAAAGCGUGCAGAAAUCUUUUUAAUCUGAGACUCGGUAAACAAAUUUACGGCCAUGCAGUGAAAUUGGGUCUUUCUAACGUAAAUGAUGUCGGUACCUCUCUUAGCAGCGUGUACUCUAAAUGCGAUAGAAUAAAAGAGGCGCGAAAAACCUUUGAACUAGUCAAACAGAUGCUCAAUCGUGGCAUUGCACCUAAUGAGAUAAUGAUAAGCCUCUCUCUGCCACUCCCCACCGCCUCUCCUUCCAUCAAACCCAACCGCAAAAACCCCUCCGCACGACCCCACAACGCUGCUGUCACCGUCUUUGAGUCUCUCAAGAGCCGGCUGAUCCGCCAUGCCGACGCCGGCCGCCUCGACGAAGCCCUCUCCACCCUCGACCUCAUGUCCAGCGCCAGCGCCGGCCUCGCUCCAGACCUCACCUCCUACUCCGUUCUCCUCCGAUCCUGCAUCCGCACCCGAAACCUGGAAACGGGCCGGGCCGUCCACUCCAAGCUUACCGAAUCGGGUCUUGAGCUUGACGCGGUAGUCCUCAACUCGCUCAUCAGCCUCUACUCCAAAUGCGGCGACCGGAAGAAAGCGGAGGAGAUAUUCUCCUCCAUGGGCGGGUUAAGGGACUUGGUCUCUUGGAGCGCCAUGAUUUCGUGCUAUGCGCACGGUAAACUAAAUUCGCAGGCGAUUGCGAUGUUUCUGGAGAUGGUGGAGCUCGGGGAGCGGCCGAAUGAGUUUUGCUUCUCGGCCGCGAUUCGGGCGUGUUCCAAUCGGAAAUUCGCCGCCGUAGGGCUCGUGAUAUUUGGGUUUCUGAUGAAGACGGGCCAUUUUGGAUCCGAUGUGUGCGUGGGAUGCGCGUUGAUUGAUUUGUUCGCAAAGGGUUUUGGUGAUUUAGAUUCUGCACGGAAGGUGUUUGAUAAAAUGCCGGUGAGAAAUCUCGUUUCUUGGACUCUGAUGAUCACGAGGUUUACGCAAAUGGGUUCUCCUCUAGACUCGAUUCUCUUGUUUCUUGAUAUGAUUGAGGUGGGUUUCGUGCCCGAUAGUUUCACUUUGAGCAGUUGCUUAUCGGCUUGUUCGGAGUUGGGGCUGUUAGCCGUCGGGCUUCAGCUUCACACAUGGGUCAUCAAGAAUGGUUUUUUAUCAGAUGUCUGUGUGGGCUGUGGUUUAGUGGACAUGUACUCCAAAUGUGCUGUAAAUGGGUCUAUGGACGAGUCUAGGAAAACUUUCGACCGGAUGCAGGGCCACAACGUCAUGUCGUUGACUGCACUCAUCACGGGUUAUGUUCAGAAUGGAGGCCGUGACUAUGAAGCUAUUGAGCUGUACUGUCAGAUGAUAAUCGAUGGUGAAGUCAAGCCGAAUCAUUUGACGUUCGCCAGCCUGUUGAAAGCGUGCGGGAAUCUUUUCAAUCCGAAAAUCGGCGAACAAAUUUACGGCCACGCGGUGAAAUUGGGUCUUUCUCCCGUAAAUUGUGUCGGUAACUCUCUUAUUAGCAUGUACACGAAAUGCGACCAAAUGGAAGAGGCACGAAAAGCAUUCGAAUUCUUGUUCGAGAAGAAUUUGGUCUCGUAUAACACGUCGGUUGAUGGUUAUGCUAGGACUUCGGAUUCGGAUGGGGAUUUCGAACUUUUUAAUGAAAUCGAGAAGAAUUCCGAUGUCAGGGUCGAUGCUUUCACUUUCGCGAGCCUCUUGAGUGGGGCCGCGAGUAUCGGGGCCAUCGGGAAAGGCGAGCAAAUACAUGCCCGGUUGAUAAAAUCGGGCUUCGAGUCCGAUCUAAACAUUUCCAAUGCCUUGGUCUCUAUGUACACUAAGUGCGGCAACGUCGAGGCCGGAUUUCGAAUUUUCAAGGAGAUGGGGAGUCGAAACGUAAUAUCUUGGACAUCGAUCAUCACCGAAUUGGAUCGUAUGGUGGUCGAGAUUAAGAAGAUGGGUUACGUGCAUGAUACGAAUUUCGUGUUGCACGAGGUCGAGGAACAGGAGCAAAAGGAGCGAAAUUUGUUCCUACAUAGCGAGAAAAUCGCAUUGGCGUACGGGCUUAUACGAACAGGUAAAGGAAAGACGAUUCGGAUUUUCAAGAACCUUCGGGUUUGUGGCGAUUGCCAUAACGCGAUGAAGUACGUAUCGGUUGCGAGUGGGAGGGAGAUUGUGGUGAGGGACUCGAAUAGGUUUCACCAUAUUAAGGAUGGGGUGUGUUCUUGUGAUGACUACUGUUAUCUUGGAAACAAUAUGGCAAAUCUGAUCCGAGACCAGAAAAAACGAUAUGCUUACAUAGUUUAG